UUAUUUAUUUAUUUGAGGGUUAUCACUACAGAGAGAGGGAUAGACAGAAAAAAGGGCUUCCAUCUGCUGGUUCACCACCGAAAUGGCCUCAAUGCCUUCCUCUGGGCUGAUCUGAAGCCAGGAUUUAUCCGGGCCUCCCACAUGGGUGCAGGGGCCCAAGCCCUUGGGCCAUCUUCCACUGCUCUCCUAAGCGAUAAGCAGAGAGCUGAAUUGCAAGAGCAGCAGCUGGGACAUGAACCGGCUCCCACACGGGAUCCUGGCCCGACUGACAGAGGCUUCCCCUACAAAGCCAUAGCCGGGCCCCAUCUCCUUCUACUUUAAAUCAGAUGUGGAGAAAUCCUGCCUGAACCCCGUGCUCACAUUAAUGAGAUUGCAGGGAUGUGUGGGAAGGAUCCCUCCUCCAAUAGGGUGAAAACAACACCUGUGUCUUUUGUGCUUUUUCCACAUAAAUUCUUAGGUGCUUCUUCUGGUCAUAUGAAUAAUGUGCUUCCUAUUUUUGUGGGGAUUGCCUUGAAUUUGUAAAUUGCAUUGGAUAGAGUAGACAUUUUCAUCAUGUUAAUUCUUGUAAUCCGUGGACAUGGAUGUCUUUCUAGUGUUUGUGUCUGCUUCAGGUUCUUUCACUGGUGUUUCAUAAUAGUCAUGGUAGAGAAGACACUAAGAAAUGGACAAGUAGGAGUACUUUCUACAUGGCUUGGCAAACAUUUUAAUGAGAUGUAGGGGCAAAGCCUUGAGGCCUGUCUGUGUCUAGCACACAGUAACUGCUCAGUCACAUUAGUUCUUACCAGUCCAUCACCCUCUGCUCUUUCAGACUCUUCUUCCUUGUCUUAGACACAUGGAUAACUGUUCAUGGUGUGAUGGACCAUUCUACUCACAUAAGUUAAUGUUCCUCAAAUGAUUUAAAUGUUUAGUAUUAUUAAUAAUGUCUCAAGGAGCAUCAUCUACAUAUAUUUGGUAUGUCCCUUAUUAAUUGUGAAGAUACUUCUCCAGGUUGUAUCCUGUAAAGGGAAUUGCAAGAUCAAAGUUCUGGUACAUUCCUGAUGGUGCUGUUCUGGCCCCAUUGCCUGGCAAGAAGAUUUUCCCAUUCACAUUCACAGCCACUGAUGAGAAUGUUCUUUUCUAUACCCCCUUGCAGAAACUAGACAGCCCCUGUUACCUUCUGUUAACUUUUACCAGCACUUAACUCUUUAUUGUGAGAUUUUAUCAACUCAGAUUACACUCAAUAGGCCUGGAAAGGCUGCGAUCAAUGGGAUGGUCUGUGUUCUCUUGUAUUGGAUGACUGCUCUGUUCUGAGAUAAUCAGACAACAGCAGUGUGAGCACACGAGUCUUGCAUGGUGGACGACACUGCGUGUUGGGUUCCUGCAGUGUUCUGGAUUUUGUGUGUGAGGCCCUCAUUUCUCUGUCGCUCUUUCCUUUCUUUCUGCCUGCUUCCUUAUUCUUUCUUUCCACUGACUUGGGAUUGGUCUGCUCCUGUUUUACUAGGAUUUUUGAGAUACUUUGUUAGGUUAUUGGAAGUCCUUCUAAUUAUUUGAUGUAGGAACUUAAUCCCAUAACCUUUCCUCUGCAUACUACUUUUAGAAUUUCCUGUAGAUUCAGUGUGUUGUGCUUCCAUUUUAAUUAGUUUCAUGGAAUUUUGAAAUUUCCCUCUUGGUUUCUUAUCCAGCCUUUAUGUAUUUGCAUACCUUUGGGGGUUCUUGUGUUGUUGAUUUCUAGUAUUAUAGCAUCCAUGUUCCAUGUGCAGAUGAAAAGAAUGUGUAUUCUGCAGCUGUGGAGUGAAAUAUCUGUACUCAUCUGUUAUGGCCAUUUGGUCUGUAGUAGUUUCUCUCUGAUGCUUGUUAAUUUUUUUCCAGGUGAUCUCUUCCUGUCGAAGAAAGAUUCAAUGUGUUUGAAUUUCAUUGAAGAGGACUUUCACAUGCUGGUUGAACUUAUCACAAGCAGCAUUGCCUCGCAGAAAAGCUGGGUCCACAGAGGUCCAGAAUGAAUCUCUACUCUCCCUGACUCCAGGAGACAAAAAGAAGAACAUAGAUCUCCAUACAGAAAUGACCUCCAUGAGGUCUGACAAUCUCCACCAUUGCAGCAGAGGAGAAAACCUGAGGGAGAAUUCCAGAGGAGCAGUAAUAGCAGUGCUUUAUCUGAAGUCUACAAAACCCAGCAAUGCAUUCUUGGAAGACAAGAGCCAUGCUCGGCACAGGGAAGCUGGAGGUCAAAGCUCAUGGGGUGGCUCUCCUUCCAUCAGCUGUGGUGCUGAGACAACCUCUUAGUCUCUAUGGACCCCAGGUUCCUCAUCAGUGAGAUCCAGAACUGAGUCCACAUCCUGAGAACCCAGAACUGAAGGUGCAGAUGAAGGAAGAUGAGCAGCUCUCUGGGACGUGAGAAUGACCCAGAGAAUGACAAGUCCCUGUUGUCCUGCUGUGACACACCAUCAGCAUGGCAGGAUCCCACAGCCCUGCCUCAGAUCCCGAGGCAGAACUGAACGACCUCGAAUGCCAGCAAUUGCGAUCCCAGCUGGCAAAGAGCCAACAGGAUUGCUGGGAGCUCCAGGAGAAGUUUCUCAUAGCUGAGGCUACAAACUUUGCCCUGGCCAGGGAGCUGAAAAAAUACAAUUGUGAGAAGUUUAAAAACAUCAUUGAGUCCAUACUGACCAAGAAGCUCCACUUGGAGGAGCCGCUGGCAGAGAAGCCCACGGUCCCAGAGCUGCUCAGGCAUUGCCGUGGCAUCCUUGAAGAUCAGGACCAAGAACUUUCCCAGUUACGCCCAAAGGUCCAAAGGGGGAGAAAUCUAGCCCACAUCCUGCAGCAGUACCUGAAGGACGUGCUCACUGUGCAUGACCCUGAGACCUGUACGGGGCAGGGCUUCCGACGACUGCUCACUGAGGCUGUCCGGCUGUCAGCGUGCCUUGAGGACCUCCUUGGAGCAGAAAACAUUGAAGAGGAGGAAACACCAGCACAAGGACCUGUUGCUGACAGGGAGCUCUUGGAAGUGGAUGAAAUGGAAACCCCACAAAAUUCACAGCAGGAAACAUCUAUCACUGGUGCUGUUGACCACCUGCUAAGUGACUCCUGCCUGCCAGAGGGCACUGUGCAAAUGUCUCCUGAUGCUGAGGACACCCACAGUGUGCUAGGUCUAGAUGGGGAACAAGCUUGUUCACACAAGAAAGAAGAACCUGUCACCGUUCUCCCAGAAAAUCAAUAUCACGAAGUGGAGGUACAAGAGCAAGUUGUCACAUACACUUCCAGGGAGCUCCCAGAGGAGCAAGAGAAGGAAGACCCAGACGACUCGCUGGAUGAGUGCUACCUCACUCCCUCGAUUUUUCCGGUCAUUUCUGAGCUUGACCAUUCCACGUGGAGCAGCUGGUGCUCCCUGGAGCAUCAGGACAUGCUCUCUGCUCCAGAUGCAGGCGAAAAGGAACAUGACAAUGAUGAAGUGCAAGAGGAAGCACAAGCCCUGUCACACACCAGGUGAGUCUUAGGAACCCUGGGCAGCGAGCUUAGUGCUGAC